AUGACUCUCCAGAGCAACUAUUUUAUACAUGUCUCAGCGCUCGUCAAGAACCACAAGAUAUAUGAAAAUGUGAAUUCACAAGUCAAGCUGGGAGAUGGAAAGCUUCACAACGUGAAAGGCAAGGGUAUUAUCUCAGUUCAAACUCGAGAAGUGGCUAAGAUAAAAAUGAUGGCAAACAAAGUCUUUCCGUUGAUCAUGACAUCAAAAGAAAACUAUGUUUUGAAAGCUGAAAAUGUAGAAGAAUCACACUUGUGGCAUAUGAGAUACGGACAUCUAAAUCAAAGAAGUCUACAGCUCUUACAUAAGAAAGAUAUGGUGGUUGGCCUUCCUUCUAUUCAGUCUGAGAAAGCAAUAUGUGAAGGUUGUAUUUUUGGAAAAUUCCACCGCUUACCAUUUUCACAAUCAACAUGGAAAGCAAGAGCCCCUCUUGAGUUGCAGGAUGAUGUGGGUUUAUUUUCUAGAACAAAAGUCAGAAGCAUUCUCUUUUUCAAGCAAUUUAAAGCCUAUGGAGAGAAACAAAGUGGAUACAAUCUCAAGACAUUGAGAACUGAUCGUGGUGGAGAAUUCACAUCAAAUGAAUUUUCAGAAUUUUGCAAAAGCAAUGGAAUAAAAAGAGAAUUGACGGCAAGCUACACUCCACAACAAAACGGUGUUGCGGAACGAAGAAAUCGAACCAUUGUGGAAAUGGCAAGAAGCAUGUUUAAAAGCAAAAGGUCACCUACCAAGUCUGUCAAGGAUAUGACUCCUUUUGAAGCAUGGCAUGGGUUUAAGCCAAAGGUUGAUUUCUUUAAAAUCUUUGGUUGCAUAGCCUAUGCACAUGUUCCUUCUCAAAAGAGAGAAAAGUUUGAUGAAAAGGGUGAAAAAUAUAUUUUUGUGGGCUAUAGUGACAAGUCCAAGGCAUACAGAUUGAUUGAUCCAAGAACUAAUAAGUUGGUAAUUUCUAGAGAUGUUAUUUUUGAUGAAUUCAAGGUAUGGAGAUGGGAAAACAGACAAGGUGAAAUACAGAGUUUUUUGCUGGAACCAGAAACAUCAAAUUUAGAAGAAUCUCUGCUGCCCCAAAGUCCAAUUUCAAGGGCAAGAAGUCCAAUUCCAAGUGCAAGAACAUCUGAUCCUAGUUCACCAGAUUCAACUCCUAGACUAAACGCAAGAAUGCGUUCAUUGGCAGACAUAUAUGAGUCGUGUGAUCUUGUUUUGAGUGCUUUGGAGCCUCAAAAAUUUGAGGAAGCAGUGAAAGAAAAAAUUUGGCACGACGCAAUGGAAGAAGAAAUUAGAGUUAUCAAGAAAAAUUCUACGUGGGAGCUUGUUGAUCGGCCUAAAUCAAAGGACAUCAUUGGACUUAAAUGGAUCUACAAGACAAAAUACAAUGAAGAUGGCUCAAUACAAAAGCAUAAGGCUCGGUUGGUUGCCAAAGGCUACUCUCAACAACCUGGAGUAGAUUUCAAUGAAACGUUUGCUCCGGUUGUACGAAUGGAAACUAUACGAACUGUGUUGGCUUUGGCAGCACAAUUGAAAACUCAAGUUUUUCAAUUGGAUGUCAAGUCCGCUUUUUUGAAUGGAGAACUUGAAGAAGAAGUUUACGUGGAGCAGCCGCAAGGAUAUAUUGAAAAGGGAAAUGAAAACAAAGUUUGUCGACUUCGGAAAGCACUAUACGGCUUAAAGCAAGCUCCAAGAGCCUGGAAUAGCAAAAUUGAUCAAUAUUUCUGUCAAAGUGGAUUUGUAAGAAGUCCAAGUGAGCCAUCACUCUAUCUCAAGAAAGAAGGUACACAUGAUUUUCUUAUUGUGUGUCUUUAUGUUGAUGACUUGAUUUAUACAAGUACCAAACCAAGGAUGGUAGAAGCAUUCAAGAAGGACAUGAUGAAAGAAUAUGAGAUGACUGAUUUGGGUUCUAUGAAGUAUUUUCUAGGAAUUCAAGUCCAACAAUCGGAAAAAGGGGUUUUUAUGUAUCAAGAAAAGUAUGCAGAAAAUCUCUUGAAAAGGUUCAAUAUGUUGAACUGCAAGCCAAUGGAUACUCCAAUGGCAAUUAAUUUAAAGCUUUCAAGUAAUGAUGGAGCACCAAGAGCUGAUGCUUCUAUGUAUAGAAGUAUUGUUGGCUCACUUAUUUAUUUAUCUAAUACAAGGCCAGACAUAGUUCAUGCAGUUAGUGUUGUAUCUCGAUUCAUGAAUGAUCCAAGUAAUCAUCAUUUUGCUGCUGUUAAAAGAAUACUAAGAUAUGUGCAAGGAACCAAAGGAUAUGGCCUCAAAUAUACACAAGAGAAAGAAAGCAUUUUAGUUGGGUUCACAGACAGUGAUUGGGCUGGUGCAAUUGAUGAUAGAAGAAGCACAUCUGGGCAUGUGUUUUCCUGGGAAAAAAAGUUAUAUCAUGGUCAUCGAAGAAGCAAAGUACAGUGGCAUUAUCAACAGCCGAAGCAGAAUAUAUUUCAGCCACAAGUGCAGCAUGUACCUCCACAUCCUCGUCCAUGUCCAUACUGCGGUUCUGGAAUUUCUCCAAGCUCCUCACCAACUUCUCAUCCUAACCCUACUGUUCCUCCUACUUAUGCACCUAAUGGUUCCCCUUACUCGCCUUCUACGAGUCCCUCAUCUCAAUUGUCCCCCCAUGUGUUACCUGCACCUGUAGUGUCCAAUGCUCCCAGUCCAGGAAACAAGGGAAGUGCACAAGACUUGAUUUCUCCAUCACCUUCCCCAUCCUUGUCAUGUAAGUUACAAGCAGUCUUGUCACUAGUUGGACAUAACUCGCUUUCUAUUUCUGCACGGAUAAUCCUUGAUGUCCCAACAGCAGGAGGGCGCUUGAUGCUUGUGGACAUGGCUGGCUCUGAAAAUAUUGAGCAAGCUGGCCAAAUUGGAUUUGAGGCAAAAAUGCAGACUGCGAAGAUCAACCAAGGAAACAUAGCUCUUAAAAGAGUGGUUGAAUCCAUUGCCAAUGGUGAUUCUCAUGUGCCUUUCAGAGACAGCAAACUGACCAUGCUUCUACAGGAUUCUUUCGAAGAUGAUAAAACAAAAAUUUUAAUGGUACUGUGUGCAAGCCCAGACCCAGGGGAAAUACACAAGACAAUCUCCACCCUUGAAUAUGGUGCAAAAGCAAAAUGUAUUGAAGAAAGGAUAUUGCAGCAGCAGCAGGAAGCUGAAAUGGUUAGGUGGUGGUUGGAGGAAAUUGAGCUUGAGCUAUGCCGGUUAGGUGAUGGAAAUGGUAAGGAGAGUGGGACAAAGGACCAUGAUGGAACCCACAGUUUGCCAAAAGGUUGUUAG